AUGCCACAAACACCCAGCCUUUGGUUCUACUGCAACCCAGCAUUUGGUGCAACCAGCAUUACAUUUUCUGUAUCUAGUUCCCCAGUAUUUGGAUCAAGCACUCCAGCAUUUGGUGCCUCUAGUACUUCUGUAUUUGGAUCAUCAAGCACUCCAGAAUUUGGUGCCUCAAGCACUCCGGCAUUUGGUGCCUCAACUAUUUCAGCUUUUGGUGGUUUGAGUACUCCUUCAUUUAGUUUUGGGUCCACUCCAGCAUUUGGCCAAUCGACUUCUGCAUUUGGAAGCAGUCCUUUUGGUGCACCUAGUCAACCUACUUUUGGUGCUUCAAGUACUCUGGCCUUUGGUUCAUCAAGCUCGUCAGCCUUUGGUGGCUCAAGUGCACCUGCCUUUGGUGCCACAAACACCUCAGCCUUUGGUUCUCCUGCAACCCCAGCAUUUGGUGCAACCAGCACUACAUUUUCUGUAUCUAGUUCCCCAGUAUUUGGAUCAAGCACUCUAGCAUUUGGUGCAUCUAGUACUUCUGUAUUUGGAUCAUCAAGCACUCCAGAAUUUGGUGCCUCAAGCACUCCGGCAUUUGGUGCCUCAACUACUUCAGCUUUUGGUGGCACAAGCGCACCUGCCUUUGUUGCCACAAACACCCCAGCAUUUGGUGCAACCAGCACUACAUUUUCUGUAUCUAGUUCCCCAGUAUUUGGAUCAAACACUCUAGCAUUUGGUGCCUCUAGUACUUCUGUAUUUGGAUCAUCAAGCACUCCAGAAUUUGGUGCCUCAAGCACUCUGGCAUUUGGUGCCUCAACUACUUCAGCUUUUGGUGGUUUGAGUACUCCUUCAUUUAGUUUUGGGUCCACUCCUGCAUUUGGCCAAUCAACUUCUGCAUUUGGAAGCAGUCCUUUUGGUGCACCUAGUCAACCUACUUUUGGUACUUCAAGUACUCCGGCCUUUGGUUCAUCAAGCUCGUCAGUCUUUGGUGGCACAAGCACACCUGCCUUUGGUGCCACAAACACCCCAGCCUUUGGUUCCACUGCAACCCCAGCAUUUGGUGCAACCAGCACUACAUUUUCUGUAUCUAGUUCCCCAGUAUUUGGAUCAAGCACUCCAACAUUUGGUGCCUCUAGUACUUCUGUAUUUGGAUCAUCAAGCACUCCAGCAUUUGGUGCCUCAAGCACUCCGGCAUUUGGUGCCUCAAGCACUCCGGCAUUUGGUGCCUCAAGCACUCCGGCAUUUGGUGCCACAAACACCCCAGCCUUUGGUUCUACUGCAACCCCUGCAUUUGGUGCAACCAGCACUACAUUUUCUGUAUCUAGUUCCCCAGUAUUUGGAUCAAGCGCUCCAGCAUUUGGUGCCUCUAGUACUUCUGUAUUUGGAUCAUCAAGCACUCCGGCAUUUGGUGCCUCAACUACUUCAGCUUUUGGUGGUUUGAGUACUCCUUCAUUUAGUUUUGGGUCCACUCCUGCACUUGGCCAAUCAACUUCUGCAUUUGGAAGCAGUCCUUUUGGUGCACCUAGUCAACCUACUUUUGGUACUUCAAGUACUCCGGCAUUUGGUUCAUCAAGCUCGUCAGUCUUUGGUGGCACAAGCACACCUGCCUUUGGUGCCACAAACACCCCAGCCUUUGGUUCCACUGCAAACCCAGCAUUUGGUGCAACCAGCACUACAUUUUCUGUAUCUAGUUCCCCAGUAUUUGGAUCAAGCACUCCAACAUUUGGUGCCUCUAGUACUUCUGUAUUUGGAUCAUCAAGCACUCCGGCAUUUGGUGCCUCAAGCACUCCGGCAUUUGGUGCCUCAACUACUUCAGCUUUUGGUGGCACAAGCGCACCUGCCUUUGGUGCCACAAACACCCCAGCCUUUGGUUCUACUGCAACCCCUGCAUUUGGUGCAACCAGCACUACAUUUUCUGAAUCUAGUUCCCCAGUAUUUGGAUCAAGCACUCCAGCAUUUGGUGCCUCUAGUACUUCUGUAUUUGGAUCAUCAAGCACUCCGGCAUUUGGUGCCUCAAGCACUCCGGCAUUUGGUGCCUCAACUACUUCAGCUUUUGCUGGUUUGAGUACUCCUUCAUUUAGUUUUGGGUCUACUCCUGCAUUUGGCCAAUCAACUUCUGCAUUUGGAAGCAGUCCUUUUGGUGCACCUAGUCAACCUACUUUUGGUGCUUCAAGUACUCCGGUCUUUGGUUCAUCGAGCUUGUCAGCCUUUGGUGGCACAAGCGCACCUGCCUUUGGUGACACAAACACUCCAGCCUUUGGUUCUACUGCAACCCUAGCAUUUGGUGCAACCAUCACUACAUUUUCUAUAUCUAGUUCCCCAGUAUUUGGAUCAAGCACUCCAGCAUUUGGUGCCUCUAGUACUUCUGUAUUUGGAUCAUCAAGCACUCCGGCAUUUGGUGCCUCAACUACUUCAGCUUUUGGUGGCACAAGCGCACCUGCCUUUGGUGCCACAAACACCCCAGCCUUUGGUUCUACUGCAACCCCUGCAUUUGGUGCAACCAGCACUACAUUUUCUGAAUCUAGUUCCCCGGUAUUUGGAUCAAGCACUCCAGCAUUUGGUGCCUCUAGUACUUCUGUAUUUGGAUCAUCAAGCACUCCGGCAUUUGGUGCCUCAAGCACUCCGGCAUUUGGUGCCUCAACUACUUCAGCUUUUGCUGGUUUGAGUACUCCUUCAUUUAGUUUUGGGUCUACUCCUGCAUUUGGCCAAUCAACUUCUGCAUUUGGAAGCAGUCCUUUUGGUGCACCUAGUCAACCUACUUUUGGUGCUUCAAGUACUCCGGUCUUUGGUUCAUCGAGCUUGUCAGCCUUUGGUGGCACAAGCGCACCUGCCUUUGGUGACACAAACACUCCAGCCUUUGGUUCUACUGCAACCCUAGCAUUUGGUGCAACCAUCACUACAUUUUCUAUAUCUAGUUCCCCAGUAUUUGGAUCAAGCACUCCAGCAUUUGGUGCCUCUAGUACUUCUGUAUUUGGAUCAUCAAGCACUCCAGCAUUUGGUGCCUCAAGCACUCCGGCAUUUGGUGCGUCAACUACUUCAGCUUUUGGUGGCACAAGCGUACCUGCCUUUGGUGCCACAAACACCCCAGCCUUUGGUUCUACUGCAACCCCAGCAUUUGGUGCAACCAGCACUACAUUUUCUGUAUCUAGUUCCCCAGUAUUUGGAUCAAGCACUCCAGCAUUUGGUGCCUCAAGCACUCCGGCAUUUGGUGCCUCAACUACUUCAACUUUUGGUGGUUUGAGUACUCCUUCAUUUAGUUUUGGGUCCACUUCAGCAUUUGGCCAAUCAACUUCUGCAUUUGGAAGCAAUCCAUUUGGUACAACUAAAUCGCCCUUUGGAGUUCAGAGUGCUCCAUUUGGAGCCCAGGCUACAACACCAACAUAUGGGAGCUCUGGUUUUGGACAGUCAGCUUUUGGAGGCCACCGAGGGGGAAGUAGAGUGGCUCCCUACACGCCAACACUUGAGUUAGAUAGUGGCACAGGUACACAGCCUGGUGGAAAGCUGGAGUCAAUAGCGGCUAUGCCUAUUUAUGAGGAUAAAAGCCAUGAAGAACUCAGAUGGGAGGACUAUCAAUUGGGUGAUAAAGGAGGGCCAAGUCCUGGUCAGUCUGCUGAUGCAAUUGGAUUUGGCGCUUCUAGCACAUAGUCAAGUCCAUUUGCUUCGUCGUCAACAUUUGGUCAGAUAUCUGCAAAUCCCUUUUCAUCCUCAACAUCUUCCAACCCUUUUGCUGUGACACCCCAAAAUUCGGGUGUCUGUAAUUAUCUUGUUGAUCACCCGUUAACCUGCGGAAUAUCCGUAGAUAUCGUGUGACUCAAUACCUCGCCGUUAUGUCCUAUUUACCAGAAUCUAUAACUUAACAAAAUUAGGGUAGAAUUUCCUUUGUACGGGGAACUCUACUCAAAACACAAUUAGUGCAAUCAUACAACAUUGAUCACACUGGGUCUAUAUAUCUAUACUCAUAAUAACAUGCAAUUUUACAUUAAAAACAGUCCAUAUGAAUUCGAUUACAAUCCUUUACAUACAUUACGUGCUCAAAAACUAAUUGACAUCUUAGUUUGACGAAAACAUAGUUUAAAAGUCAUAUAUCGGCUUUUCUUCAUCAAUGAGAGCCCGAAUGAGAGCCGUCCACCGGCGCAUGUCCCGCACCUGAAAUAUUGUCCCCAUAAAGGGUGAGCCACGCUCAAUAGGGUAUCUCCUACAGAGCCUACUUUCCAACUUAGAUGCAUAUGAAAUGUUCACAUACAAUUUAUAAGCAACAAUCACUCCAUUCAAAAAUAUGCAAUUUAACAAUGGAAUCUUCAAUGCCAUGCCAUGAUGUGAGAUGAGACUCACACAUGCAAUUCAACCCGAGCCUUUACCGCUCCCUCAAUACAUGCAAUAUCAUGCAUAUGAAUCUGGGCAUUCUAAACUCCCGUCAUUGAUGUUACACAUCCAAUGAUCUUUUUAAAUUCCGGGUCUUUUUUGGAGUCGGUAUUUAUGGACUCAUAUCAACAGGCACCUCAACCGACACGGCAUUAAUGAACUUUUACCAAUGGCUCCGUGUACGCUGACAUACUUUAUGGACUCAAUAUCAACAAAGUGCAUAUCCAAAUCACUGGGUCUUGCAUCCGAGGGAGAAUUUAGUACUUCUUGCUAACCUCGACUCUAUUUUCAAUAUAAAACUGUGUGAUUUAACUGAACCUCGGUCCAACUAUCGCGAACCCACGUAUCAUUCACCAAGAGUGGUUUUUGAUCAAAUCAUGUACACACACCCACAGUUAUGUCAAACGCUCACGAAUGUGAUGCUAUCCGUGCAUAUGUAAUAUAAAUGAACAAUUGUAUUUCAUGUUGUUAAGUUGAGAGAAUUAACACAAUAUUAGAAGAAACGGAGAAUGGUCAAACUUAACUUACCUCUCAUAUAUCACUUGUAUUUAUAGUUAACUUACAAUAAUAA